GUGGCACCUGCGUUGUUAACCCCACUGACCUGUUCUGCUCCGUACCUGGUCGCUUAUCUCUACUCAGCUCCACUUCGAAGUACAAAGUCACCAUUGCAGAGGUAAAGAGGCGCCUUUCACCACCAGAAUGCCUCAACGCUUCCCUCUUAGGAGGUAUUUUGAGAAGAGCAAAAUCCAAGAAUGGAGGACGCUGCUUGCGAGAAAAAUUAGACAGACUGGGACUGAAUUUGCCCGCAGGAAGAAGAAAAGCAGCAAACGUCACACUCUUGACUUCCUUGGUAGAAGGUGAAGCAUUACAUUUGGCCAGAGAUUUCGGCUACACCUGUGAAACAGAAUUCCCUGCCAAAGCAGUAGGAGAGCACAUUGCCAGACAGCACAUGGAACAGAAAGAGCAGACAGCAAGGAAAAAGAUGAUCCUAGCGACAAAACAAAUAUGUAAAGAAUUCCAAGACCUUCUAAGUCAAGACAGAUCACCCCUCGGAUCCUCCAGACCGACUCCAAUAUUAGACCUCGACAUCCAGAGACAUUUAACACAUUUCAGUUUGAUCACUCAUGGUUUUGGAACUCCUGCAAUAUGUGCUGCCCUAAGCACUUUCCAAACUGUUCUCAGUGAAAUGCUGAACUACUUGGAAAAGCACACAUCGCACAAAAACGGAGGAGCGGCGGAAUCCGGCCAAGGACACGCCAACUCGGAGAAAGCCCCCCUGCGGAAAACUUCAGAGGCUGCUGUGAAAGAGGGCAAAACAGAAAAGACAGACUAG